AUGCAGCCGCGCUCGCCGGCUGCGGCGGAGGCCGAGGCCGCCGGCGCCACCAUGGUGCCCGGCGUGGGCGGCGUCGAGCCGGCCGUCACGCUGGACCAGGUGCCGCGCUGGAGCGACCCCGACCAGCGCAUCUUCCUCGCCUCCACGCCCGACGAGGCGUCCGCGGAGGGCGCCGGAUCCGACACGGCCUCCGCGUUCGGCUUCAUCUCCUUCUCCGACCCGCUCACGGUCGACGACGGCGCCGGUGGGGGUGGCCGCGCCGGGGGCGCCUCGCGCUUUCCCGUCGACCAGGAGAUCAACUCCAGGAUCUACCUCUGGCGUGGCCAGCCCUGGAACCUCGAGGUCGACGCCGUCGUCAAUUCCACUAACGAGAGCUUGGACGAGGCGCACAGUAGUCCCGGGCUGCACGCUGCUGCUGGGUCAGGGCUCGCCGAGGAGUGCGCCACCUUGGGAGGUUGCCGAACUGGGAUGGCCAAGAUGACCAAUGCCUACGAUCUGCCUGCAAGGAAGGUCAUCCAUACUGUGGGCCCCAAAUAUGCUGUCAAGUAUCACACAGCUGCAGAGAAUGCACUUAGUCACUGCUAUCGGUCCUGCUUGGAACUGCUCAUUGAGAAUGGUCUUGAAAGCAUCGCAAUGGGUUGUAUAUACACAGAAGCUAAAAACUACCCUCGUGAACCAGCUUCUCAUGUGGCAAUAAGAACUGUUAGACGUUUUCUGGAGAAGCAAAAAGGCAAAAUAACUGGUGUUGUUUUUUGUACUACAUCAUCAUCUGACACAGAGAUAUACAAACGAUUGCUCCCACUAUAUUUCCCUCGGGACAAGCAAGAGGAAGAGAUUGCGAUAUUAAAGCUCCCAGCUGAUGUUGGGGAUGAGAAUGGUGAGACGGUAAUAGAUGAAAGGAAAAUAAGAAUAAGACCUUUGCCUGCUGGUGUGGUAGACAGAACAGUGUCUGCAACUCUUGUUGAUCUUCCUCUUUCUGAUUCUGGAUCGGCAUUGAAAAGUUAUCGUGGUGGAGUUGAUAUUGAAGGACGCUCGGUUAUGGUGGUUGUUGGUGCACACUUUCUUCUUCGAUGCCUUGAUCUUGAGCGGGAGUUUGAACCUUUGAUUCAGAAGCCAUAUACAAUUGUAUAUUUCCACUCCGCAGCAUCAUUACAACCGCAACCAGAUUUAGGAUUCAUGAAGCGGUUACAACAAAUACUAGGACGGAAACAUCAGCGCAACCUUCAUGCAAUUUAUGUACUCCACCCAACAUUGGGUUUGAGAACAGCUGUUUUGGCAAUGCAGAUGUUUGUAGAUGGAGAGGUCUGGAAGAAAGUUGUAUAUGUGGAUAGGCUUGUGCAGCUGUUCAGAUAUGUACCACUUGAGCAACUUACAAUUCCGACUUUGUCUUUCAGCAUGAUCUGGAGGUGA